ACAAACCCUAGAUACCCUUGCCGCCUUUCUUCCUUCACUUCUCUUUUUGUGCGAAUCAGUGUUGUUUGGGACAACGAAGCAGUAAGAAUGGGCGGAAAAAGAAAGAAUACUGAAAACGAAGGGAUGGAAGGAGAUGAGGACAUACAAAACAUUAAUAAAAAGAUGAAGAAGGAGAAGCGUGAGAUACUUCCUUCCUCCAUUAAAAACAAGGAAAAGAGAUCAGCUGUACACGCCAAACUCAAGCACCAAAAGAAGCUCGAGAAACGUAAAAAGCUUAAAGCUCGUGACGCCGCCGCAAAGCGCGCUAUUGAGCUUGGAGAAGAGCCUCCACAGAAGCAAAUUCCUCGCACUAUUGAAAAUACGAGAGAGGCUGACGAGACUGUUUGCAUGCCUGAUGAUGAAGAAUUGUUUGCUGGUAAUGACGCUGAUGAGUUUAGUGCGAUUCUGAAGCAAGAUCGUACGCCAAAGAUAUUAAUCACAACUUGCCGUUUCAAUUCAACUAGGGGUCCUGCUUUUAUAAACGAAUUGCUUUCGGUGAUCCCAAAUGCUCAUUACUUUAAAAGAGGAACAUACGACUUGAAAAAGAUUGUGGAAUAUGCGAAUAACAAGGAAUUCACAUCUAUUAUAGUAGUUCACACCAACCGAAGAGAACCAGAUGCUCUUCUAGUUAUUGGGUUGCCUUAUGGGCCUACCGCGCAUUUCAAGCUUUCCAGUUUGGUUUUGAGGAAGGAUAUUAAGAAUCAUGGAAAUCCUACCAGUCAUGAGCCUGAGCUAGUGUUAAAUAACUUCACAACACGCCUGGGCCAUCGUGUUGGCAGGCUAAUUCAGUCGCUUUUCCCACAAUCUCCUAAUUUUCGUGGUCGGCGAGUUGUAACCUUUCACAAUCAACGAGAUUUUGUAUUCUUCCGACAUCAUAGGUAUAUAUUUGAAACCAAGGAGACCAAACAGUGUGAGUCGAAAGGUAAAAAGUCUAAAGAUACCAAGGGUGAGACCAUCAGUAAAGAAAAAGUAAUCGCUCGUCUUCAGGAGUGUGGUCCUCGGUUCACACUAAAGUUGGUAAGCCUCCAGCAUGGAACAUUUGAUACCAAAGGUGGAGAAUUUGAGUGGGUUCACAAGCCUGAAAUGGACACUAGCCGGAGGAGGUUUUUCUUGUAAUUCUUUGUGCCAGUCCUUGGAUGCAACAAUAUUCCAUGUGUAGGGAGGGUAUUUGCAGCAGCGAGGAAACCAAAUCAAUAUUGAAAUAUUUUGCUAACACCCUCUCGGCAUCUCGACUCUUGAGCUUUAUACAUGUUAUAAUCAGUUUUGGCCUUUUGUUGCUAUCGUGAUGAUUUUAUCCAACAUGUGCCAGAUGCAUUUUUAUCUCUCUUUUAUGUUUGUUUUCGUUUCAUUAAAGAUCUGUGAGGUAAUAACGGAUAAUUAACAGAUACUGAAAUGAUAAAUUCGUUAGUUCCAUA